GCAGAACUGCAGGGGAUCCGCGCUGGGGGAAGGCGUGGCGGGCGCGCGGGGCCGCGGCGCGCGGGGAUGGGGGUCACGGUGGACGUGCGCCAGGUGUACAAGUACCCCUUCGAGCAGGUGGUCGCCAGCUUCCUCCGAAAGUAUCCCAACCCCAUGGAUAAAAAUGUCAUCUGUGUAAAAACUGUGGAGGAAAAAAGAGAUGUGUCAACAGGGAUCAUCUAUAGAAAGAGGAUUGCAAUCUGUCAGAAUGUGGUUCCGGAAAUUUUAAGGAAGGUGAGCAUUUUAAAGGUACCCAGUAUCCAGUUAGAAGAGGAAUCAUGGCUCAAUCCCCAAGAAAGAAACAUGGCUAUACGGAGUCACUGCCUUACGUGGACACAGUAUGCGUCCAUGAAGGAAGAGUCUGUCUUCCGUGAAAGUAUGGAAAAUCCAAACUGGACGGAGUUUAUUCAAAGAGGCAGGAUUUCAAUCACAGGGGCUGGCUUUCUCAACUGUAUUUUGGAAACUUUUGCCAGCGCAUUCUUAAGACAGGGAGCCCAGAAGGGAAUUAGAAUAAUGGAGAUGCUGCUAAAGGAACAGUGUGGUGCCCCCUCGGCCGAAUAAAGAAGCAGCAGGGAGCUGGGUUGUGUCCACUUUCGCUCGAGAGUCACUUCUCGGACACAACACAUCAAAGACACUGUUUUCAAAAUACAGGUUUAAAGCUGCAGUGUCGGCAGCUUAAAGAAGAGGAGACCCUCCUGCCAGGACGUGGAAUGAUACACUCCCCUGGGAGCCAGCCUCAAAUAGCGGCACUCAUGGAGCUGAAACUUUUCUAGCUGGAUUUUUUUAUGACACAGUCUCUUUACGAUUAUACACUUAAAGGGGAAACCGAGAGCAGGCGAUGUCGCCUGUCUUCAGGGCAUCCUGCUGGUUGUCUGGUGUCCGGGCAGCCGAGGACAGGCCUGGAGAGUGGUGCUCGUGCCCCUAUGUUAUCUGCGUCAUUGCCUGGAGGAUUCAUGAGAGGAUUCUGGGACAAAGACAGGAGUGGAACCCGAUACCUGAUUAGCCGGUAGCCUGGAACGGACAGGAAUGUUCCAGACCUGAGUUGAAGCUAAGCCACAUUUAUAAUAAUUUUUAAGCUUCUCAGAAAUCAGGAGCAUUUGCUUUCCACCCAUAAGUACUACAUCACUGCCAUCAGUAUAGCGUUCAUAAUGUAAUGCGUGGACUGUGGUUUGACCUGUGAAAAAUUAUGGGAUGGAGAGGAGGAAGGCGCGUUAUAGUCUUGGCUCCUGCUAAGUUGUUCUGAGAUGCGCAGCAGACCCUAACCUCUCUGUUUUUCACUGGGCAAGUGAGGGUAAUCGGGUACAGAUUUUUCUACCUGUGGGUUGUGAUGAUUAAAACAAGGUAAUUUAGCGUGAAAAGCCCAGGUUUGAGAAUCAAACAGACUUGGGAUUGAAUCUAAGCAUUGCCACCCACAGCACACUAGUACAUAAUUUUGCAUCUUUCUGAAAUUCAUUUUUUAAAAUUUGUAAAACGGGGUGGUAGAAUUAACUGUGCAGUCGUUGGACCGAUUUUGGAAUAUAUAUAUAUAUCUUUCCUAGCAUUCCUGGUGCCUAGUAGAAGUCCAGUAAAUAGGAGCCAUUAUUAUCAUGUGAAACCAUUUUGAAAAUGUGCUUUUCAAAUGUAAUGUAAGGUGGUAUUACUGUUUGAAAAUUAGAUGACAGUAGUUUACAUUUCCCAUGAUCGGAAGCCAAAAUAUAAAUGUGCGUGACCUAACAGAAAGCUUGAAGAGAGGCAAUAAUUUGGAAUUCAUCUUAAGAUAAAAAUUGGGCCAUUGCUGGAAAGUCUUGGGGACAUUUUUUCUUUUCUUUUUUUUUUUUUUUUAAUAUUUGAAAGACUUUCCACUUAGUGUAUUGAUGAAUUUCAAAGCAAUUGUAUUUUUUUUAAAAAUACAAGUCUGCUACUGUGAGCCUCUUCUUAGUGUAUUUGAGCUACUUGCAUUGCCUGAGUUUUGUGUCUUGGGAUAAUUUUUCCUUAUUUCCUUAGUGUUUCAUUCUUCACUUGUGUUGAAGGGAAAAAAUAAUGGUAGAAACCAGAACACACUUUGCCCUCCUUUUCCAAUUUGUAAAUGGCAUUUUGUAGGAUUUUGGAAUAAUAGCCCACUUCCCAAAAUAAGAGACGAUGUGAUUUAUCACGGGGGUGACAGGCAAGAAAUUUGUAUUUGGAGGUUGACAUUGGAAUAAACUUAAUUCUUCAUACUCAACAACUUGCCUCUGCUGAAGGCAGGAGAAUUCUCGGUCUUGGCUGAGGUCCAUUAGAUCCACAUGGGGAGCUUUGUGCAAUCCGGAUGCCCAGGUUACGUCCCAGACCAAUAAAUCAGAAUCUCUGGGGGGAACCCAGGCAUCAGUAGUUUUAAAGGGGCCUAGGUGAUUCCCAUGGGUAGUUAAAGAUGACAACACUACCAUGAAUUCUAGGUGAUUUGAAGACAUUAUCUGAUUUCUUUCUUAAUACUUCUGAGGUAGGAAAGGAUCUUUGUAGUAUGAGUUUUUGUGAGAAAGAAAAAUAGUGAAGCUCGGAGAGGCUGGAUUUUUGCCUUAAUUCCUUGAAGCUGGGGUGGCUGAUGCAAAUGCCUGUGGGGGUCCGGCAGGUGAUCUGAUGGGUGAAGCAGGCUGGUGACCACUGGGCAGAUCCUGGGAGCGCGUGUGCUUGGCGAAAGGUGGACAGCUGCUGCCUGGAUCCAGCACGGUGUUGCCAUGUGGCUGGUUUUUCUUCUAGUUCUUCCAACUUCCAAUUUUUCAGGAAAAGAGAGAAUUUAAAAAGAAAAGAAAUCUCCCAGUUUUUGCAUGUUGGCAAUAAGUUCAAAAUUGUUUAAAACAUUGUUUGCCA